AUGAAUACAUUGAAAUUUAAAAAUGAAUUAGCUGUGAUACAAAUUGAGGAAAAUUUAAAGCAUGAGUCAAAAAUGACUUAUAAUCAAUUAUAUCAGUUUGCUACAAACCUUGAUUUUCUGAUAAUAUUUGUUGGUGAUAAAUAUUUUUUUGCUAUAAUUAUUGGUGCAUUCUCUCUUGCAAAUAUUGCUUCAGAUUUGCAGGCCUUUGCAAUUGUAGUUGGAGCUGAUGCAAAGAUUCUUGAAACUAUUGAUCUUGUUUUAUCGAUCGAUCUCGUCUCACUAACUGAUAAUAUGUCAUUAUAUAUUAAAUCUAGAAUAUCUGUUGCUAUUGUUAGUGCUUCUGGUUCAGGAAAGAGCAUGAUUAUGUUAUUACUCAAUCAACAAAUUAGUCUUGUAGAACAAGAACCUGUACUUUUUAAUGAUACAAUUUUUAAUAAUAUUGUAUAUGGAUUAAUUGACUUAAUAUAUGAAGACAUAUCUGACGAGAUUAAAUAUAAAAGGAUUAAAAAUGCUUGUGAAAUAUUUAAUGCUGACGAAUUUAUUGUAAGACUUUCUAAUCAGUAUGAAACAAUAGUUGCUGAGAGUGGAAUACUCUUAUCCAGAGAUCAAAAACAACCUAUCACUAUAGCUCGUGCUAUUAUAAAAGACCUAAAAAUACUAUUUUUAGAUAAAGCUACUAGUGCUCUUGACUCUCAAAGUAAAAAAAUUGUUCAAGACGUAUUGAAUAAAGCUUCUAAAAAUAGAACUAUGA